AUGGCGACAAUAUUGCCAUGCGAAAUUGAGUUCCUGGCUGAAGACGAACUCAUUAAAGUGACCCCGCGAUUCAGAGAAGCGCGACUUCAAAUGAUAUCUGGCAACUAUGGACCGUUCGCUCCUGGCGUGCCGUUGAAGAUUCCCAUUUGGAUGGCGAUGAACUUGAAGAGUCGAGGCUUGGUGAUCGUGCACCAACCGAGAUGGAUGUCGGCUGAGAAAUUGAAGGAAUGGCUAGACAGUGAAAACGCUGAUAACACAAACGCGAUCGCUCCGCUUCAUUAUCACUAUCGUGAGAUCUCACGGAUGAUACUGCAGAAUUGUCGAGACAAUUUGAGCGACGUUACGGAAAUAGAACAACUAAUCGAGGAUAUUUGGAAUGUGCGUGUGUCUAAGCUGAAGAUGUCCUGCAAAAAUGUGCUCAAGGAGCGCUGGCAAAACGAAAUUCCAGACCAUGGUGGAGUGUUCAAAGUGAACAAUUUCACCCAAAUGGAAGUCAACUUCAUCCGCGCCAACUUUCUCAAAGGACUGAACGUCUCAUUCGUCAUGUCAAACAAAAUCACUGACAUCGAGCAAAAGGCAGCGGCGCAUCAGCUCGCCGAUGACACAACGAACACUUCCAGUUUUCCUACAGGUUCCUCGGCGAGUACACUGUCCCAGUUUACUCAGAGUCAAACACAGAACUAG